CCAUCGUGCACGCGUAAUACGCUACGCUUCAACUAUCACCAGCAUUCCACGUCCAGGAAGACAGGAAGCAACGCUUCGCGGCACAGUUACCCAAGUUAAUGGACCGGGGAGCCCUACACAAAGACUAACGGCGCAGACAAGAACUCCUGCAAUGCAUCCACUCGUGUCAUGGUUCUUCUGCACAUCCGCCCUCAUCAUGAUACCGGCCAUACUCCUGCAGGUUCACUACAGAUUUGAGCAAUUUCGAGGUGUUAUCGGUGACCCUCCUCCACCUCCUGUCCCCAUUGACCUUUGGUGCGGAAAAGCUUAUCAUCCAACGGACCCUUCUUUCGACCCAGGCGGCGAGCUUGCCCCUCCAGAGCGCGAAGAUGGCUUACAGCUGGUGGUUUAUCCGCGCUACAGUUUCUAUCUGUCAUCAGAAAAAAAGGGUUCAUUGAUAGUAGAUACGCCUAUUCAACGCGUUUCCGGCGAACAUUUUAGAAGUAGGACAUCGGCCAAUUCCACCCGAGGACCAUCUACAUAUAUAUCCAUUCGGAUCAGCAACGCGCAGACAAGCGAAACCUUGGUCAAUUGGGAAACACUACCAGUCAAUUCGUGGGGUAAUGAGGUUGAAUUUGACUUGGGAAGUACGCCAGUGGAUCGGGGAAUCUCCUGGCUAGUCUCCGUCAUCGGCAGGUCGCCAGACGCAGCUUUACAGACGUCCUACUCCGGAGCAGCUACUGUAACAGUACUCCCGGAGAGGAAUGACGGCGGAAGCGUAGCCCGCGUUGAUUACCUCUUUGGUGGAAUUGAGGUCAGAUCCUCUCUUACCAAGGGAGAGUGGAAAACCAUCUACCCUUACUCAUUUUACACAUCAUGGGACUGGAUAUCGUCUACGAUCAACAGCGCCACUGCAACCAAGAAUCUCGCCACAUUCCGUGCGAAUGGUUACAACCUCAUCCAUCCAGUGCCGCCAGGAGGCACAGAUCCAUUUAAUCACACUGUCUUUGAGGAGUUCCUCCGCAUCUGCGACGAGCUGGAACUGUACGUAAUGUACGAUAUGCGCCACACGUACAAAAACAACACUUCGAUAUCUGCUCAACUCUCUCGCCUUCAACAUCACCCAUCCUUGCUACUGUAUUAUACUGCAGAUGAACCAGAUGGCUGGACUGACCCACUCAACGCCACACAGAUCGCAUAUCAGCACAUCAACUCAAUCGAUCCAUAUCAUCCGGUAUCCCUCGUCCUAAACUGUGCCAACUUUUACUUCAAGGACUACUCUUCAGGUGCCGAUAUUAUUCUGGAAGACACGUACCCCAUCGCAGUCAAUACCUCCUUCUCUACUGUCUACAACACACCUUGCAACACCACCUACGGCGACUGCGGCUGUGACAACUGCCACGCCUACGACCCCGCCUAUCCUGCAUACAUCAGAAACCCCUUCCUUGACAUCAUUGAGCGCACGGAAAACCUGCAAACAUACCAGGAAUGGCUCGGAGCUUCCGCGAAGAAACCCAUCUGGGGCGUCCCGCAAGCUUUCUAUGACAGAGGCAGUUUUUGGCAGCGAUGGCCAUCGAAGGAGGAGGAGGCUGUGAUGGCGAUUCUCAGACUGAAUCACGGGGCAAAGGGUAUAGUGGCAUGGUUAUAUCCGACGUCAGAUGAGAUUGAGGAAGUAACAUCUUCUUUGGCGAAGGUGGUGACUGCACCUGAAGUCACGAAGUAUACGCUUGGUACGAGGCGUGUUACGGCGCUGGACGUUGUAGGAGAUGAUGAGCUUGUCGAUGUAACGGCCUGGAUUCGGGAAGAAGGGAUGUUGUUGAGUUAUGUGUAUGUAGGGUAUACGGAGUAUACCAAGGAGGUGGAGAUCAGCCUACCGGAGGCCGUGACGGCUAUUGAAAGUCUGUGGGGAGAAGGGGGGAAAGACUGGACACUGGGCGGUGACGGUAAAACGAUGAGGAAGAGAGGGCUAACGGGUUUGGAAGUGGGUAUCCUCCAGCUUUCGAGGCGGGAUUCAACCAGUGGCUUAUACCCCAUCCAACAUGCCUAGGAGGACGAUCACUCUGGAGAGAUCGAGCGAUCUAGGGACGGUUACAUCGUGUCGAUGACUGAGCUAUAGUAUGCUUUGGACAAAAGCAGCGGGCCUCCAAUUAAUGUAUGGAGAAAGAAAAGGUACAGGUCAACUUGAGAAGCCUUCAUUCCUUCACCGACUCUAACUCCCGCGCGCCGCCCGUAUCGCG